AUUAAACAGCUGGGACCUUGUUUACAACCAUGACGAGUCUGUGCGGCGACUGACUACCGAGUUCCCUCAGUUCCCCCAAAGCUUCAGUAGCAAAACACAGGUGCCUUUUACGUAUUAAAGGGAAUCGGGAAAGCUUCAUGGAUUCAGGUGCUCCUUGCCUCCAUCACUGCUGAGGAGGAGGAGGAGAAGAAAGAAGAGAAACGAGUUAAUGACCCGACACCCCUCCUUCCAUAUCAUAGUCUUGCCAGGUCUUGCAAGCCAGAGUGGAGGAACGUUACUUCUCUUUUAGGAUGUAAGAAUGUUACAAGUUUGAUGCUGCGUGUGUAGGAUAUACUCAGGCAGUUUAUAUGUAUCAGAUACAGUAAUCCAGCAAGAUAAUAACAGUGUUGGAAUAGCAUCCACUCGAAUGUCAAUUAUUUAUUUAGAAGCAAAGUCUUAAGCUUUGUCCAUGAUGAGUGACUGGCGUCCAGUUGCCCGAGAUCACUAUGACCCACUGAAGGCUGGCAGUAUUGACGGCACAGACACAGAGCCUCAUGACCGUGCUGUGUGGCGUGCCAUGAAUGCUCACUAUGUUCCGCCAGAAGUGGAUACUAAGCCCAGUCACACACUGUUUGUUGGGCGGCUUCCACACAAUGUUGAUGAGGAGCAACUACAUCACAAAUUCUCUGCAUUUGGUGUUGUUGAAAAGAUCUGCCUCAUAAGGGACAUUGUGACUGGGUACAGCAAAGGCUACUGCUUUGUUGAGUACCGCAAGGAGAGGGAUGCUGAAUAUGCUAUGAGAGAGUCCACAGACCUCCUGAUUAAUGGCUGUCCAGUGCUUGUAGACUGGGAAGCUGGUCAUCGUUUGAAGGGGUGGGUCCCUAGGAGGUUAGGGGGCGGCUGGGGAGGCCGAAAGGAAGCUGGACAACUCCGGUUUGGCUGUCGUGAUCGUCCUUGGAAGAAGCCUAUUGUGAUUCAUCCCCCGAGGCUGUCAGAAAAGCCAUAUGGCAAGGAUGUAGGGACGUCACGAAGCCACGACAGGCAAGACAGGCAUGGAUCAAGUGAAGACAGGCAUAGGAAUGACUUCAGGAACAAGGACAAGAAAUGGAGACGGGAAGAUAGAAGGGACAGACAUAUGUACAGUACCUCUUCCCAUAAAAGAACUCACAAAAGUGCAAUAACUUGAAAAUAGUGAUGUGCUGUUCUGAUGUAUAAGUAUUACAUGGAAAUAAUAGAUUUUAUGGCAAUGCUUACACUGUCUUCACAUGUAGUGCAUUUAUAUACUGGCUGUCUUUCCAAAACUGCUCACUUUAUUAAGAUGUACAAUUUAUGUUUAAGGUUCCUAGGAGUAGUUGAAAGGUUGACCAGUUAGUGAUAAAAAAUACAUUUAAUAGAGUGGUCUAUUAUUAAUUUUGUAGAAUGCUUAAAAGUGUUGCUGAUAAUGCACCAUUUUUGUGUACAUUUCAAAAGAGAUGAAUGAACUUGACUCUUUCAGUCACCUUGUCAACCAUGACUAGACAUGAUUAGUAAAAUUGUGAGAAAUCCAAAUUGAUAAUUAGGUGCUGGACUUUUUACUGGAGGUGAAGGUAAAGGUUGGGGAAGUUGUAUUUGUAUGCCUAGAAAUAUAUCACUUGUCUGUC